GUUUGUUAAAUUUGAAUGAGUUGAAUUAGAAGGGGAUGCCACACCGACAGCCUAGACCUUAAGCUGAAGCUGGAUUGGUGGCAGUGGCUGUCUCAAGUCUCAACUUUCCAAAAGCCAUUUGUCCAAAGCUUCAUGUUUUAUUCCCUCCAUGGGCCCCACUCCAAUCCAACGGCCAGAAAUCCUCCAUCAUCUCAAAUCUGAAAUCUGACCGUAGGAUCAGAUCCCCUCUCAUUCAUAAGCCACAACCCUUUCCCUCUUUUCUUCUCCAUCUUCAGAUCUCAGCAGCUGAGACUGAAGGGGCACAAAACAGAACACCACAACAACCCUUUUACCCUUUUGAAAUCCCCAUCGUGCCCUUGCCCUGGCGAUGGUGGAGGCACAGACAUGGACAACCCGUCGAAUGAGCAAUCCGAGGUUGCUGGACACGACAACCAACGACUCUGUCGUGAAUAUUCCGACCACACCAACAGCAGAUGAACGCAGCAACAACGGCGCCCACCACUUCUUCUUCUUCGGUUCAUCACAGUACAGCGUCUCCAUCUCCCCCAACAUCCUCACAGCACUCAUAAUCGCGUCAUGGUACUUCUCCAACAUCGGCGUUCUCCUCCUCAACAAGUACCUCCUCAGCUUCUACGGUUACCGCUACCCAAUCUUCCUUACAAUGCUUCACAUGCUAUCCUGCGCCGCCUACAGCUACGGUGCCAUCAACUUCCUCGAGCUCGUUCCAUUGCAGCACAUCCACUCCAAGAAGCAGUUCCUUAAGAUCUUCGCUCUCAGCGUCAUCUUCUGCUUCUCCGUCGUUUGCGGCAACACUUCCCUCAGGUAUCUACCGGUUUCCUUCAACCAAGCCAUUGGAGCCACCACGCCUUUCUUCACCGCCAUCUUCGCUUUCUUGAUCACUUGCAAGAAGGAAUCCGGCGAGGUUUACUUGGCUCUCAUGCCGGUGGUCUUCGGAAUCGUUGUUGCAAGCAACAGUGAGCCUCUGUUUCAUCUCUUCGGGUUCUUGGUCUGCGUUGGUUCCACUGCUGGUCGUGCAUUGAAGUCGGUGGUUCAGGGGAUUCUGUUGAGUUCGGAAUCGGAGAAGCUCAACUCAAUGAACUUGCUUCUCUACAUGGCUCCAAUGGCAGCGCUGAUACUGCUCCCAUUUACACUCUACAUCGAAGGGAAUGUGGCGGCGGUUACGCUUGAGAAGGCGAGAGGGGACAGGUUCAUCGUGUUCUUGCUUGUUGGGAACGCAACGGUGGCGUAUUUGGUGAACUUGACGAAUUUCUUGGUCACGAAGCACACCAGCGCCUUGACCCUGCAAGUUCUGGGAAAUGCAAAAGCAGCAGUGGCGGCUGUGGUCUCCGUUUUGAUAUUCAGGAACCCCGUAACGGUAAUGGGAAUGACGGGGUUCGCCGUUACAAUCAUGGGUGUAGUCCUUUACAGCGAGGCCAAG